AUGGAGUGCUUCGAGCUCCUGAAGUCCGUAGGACUCCAGGAAAUGCCCCUGGCUUUCUUCCAUCAAGUCCAAGGGGUGCUCUGGCCAGAGAUCGAGAAUCCUCACGAUGUCCUGAGCCCCGACGAGAUAGCCGUCAUAGUUCAGAACUAUCGAGAUGGCGGGUCGGUCAGAGAGCUGGCGAAGCAGUUUUGGGGGGCCCAGGAAAAGAUUCGACUUUGUGCUCAACCUCAGACACCAGAGAAGGAGAAGGCGCCCAGGAAGGAUGUGGGAGAGCAGUCCAAUUAG